AUGAGGGGGGUGCGAGGGGCACUCACGAGGGGGUGCAAGGGGCACUCACGAGGGGGUGCAAGGGGCACCCACGAGGGGGUGCGAGGGGCACUCACGAGGGGGUGCAAGGGGCACUCACGAGGGGGUGCAAGGGGCACUCACGAGGGGGUGCAAGGGGCACUCACGAGGGGGGGCACCCACGAGGGGGUGCAAGGGGCACUCACGAGGGGGUGCCAGGGGCACUCACGAGGGGGUGCGAGGGGCACCCACGAGGGGGGUGCGAGGGGCACUCACGAGGGGGUGCGAGGGGCACUCACGAGGGGGUGCAAGGGGCACUCACGAGGGGGUGCGAGGGGCACCUACGAGGGGGUGCGAGGGGCACUCACGAGGGGGUGCAAGGGGCACUCACGAGGGGGUGCGAGGGGCACCCACGAGGGGGUGCGAGGGGCACUCACGAGGGGGUGCAAGGGGCACUUACGAGGGGGUGUGAGGGGCACCCACGAGGGGGUGCAAAAGGCACUCACGAGGGGGUGCAAGGGGUACUCACGAGGGGGGGCGAGGGGCACCCACGAGGGGGGUGCGAGGGGCACUCACGAGGGGGUGCAAGGGGCACUCACGAGGGGGUGCGAGGGGCACCCACGAGGGGGUGCGAGGGGCACUCACGAGGGGGUGCAAGGGGCACUUAUGAGGGGGUGCGAGGGGCACCCACGAGGGGGUGCGAGGGGCACUCACGAGGGAGUGCAAGGGGCACUCACGAGGGGGUGCGAGGGGCACCCACGAGGGGGUGCGAGGGGCACUCACGAGGGGGUGCAAGAGGCACUCAGAUACCCUCCUCCCACUGCUGCACCCGCAGCAGGGGGAUGGAGGAGAAGGGGGGGGGGGGGGGCGGUGUAG